AGUUGCUAGGCCUAUCGUGGUGGAAACGCAUAAGCCCGUUGGUCAUGGGAGAAAAUCGCUCGCAUUGACAGAUACAAUCAAGUUUGCCGCAUUCAUCAGAGGGUGAUAUUUCUCUACGAGUACUGUGACCAGGCGCGAGUGACCAGACAGAAGGCUGUACAGUCUGCGAAGUACACGUUACCAGCCUGCUCACGCGUGGGUGUGGUAGCAUGGCACCUUCAGCAAUGCAUCCACACAUGACUUUCAUUUCCGCGCUGAUGAACGACCAUUCCUUGUCUGCUGCCCCACGUUUGAAGACAGACAAUAUCAUGUCUGGGAACUUUCCGAAGGUGCCUCAUGGAUACGCCACCGGGAUGGACGCUGGGUUCAGAGCAAUUUGCAAUGGCAAACAAAGCCAUGGUUCAGAAUAUCAACCUGCGAACUCCGAUUCUCGGCCAACUAAGAAGGCUCGCAGCGCUGAGAAGCUCGAGAAUCUUGGAGACGAAAAUGGAAUUUCCCUGGAGCAAUACAAAGUGGGCUGGGUGUGCGCUCUACCGUUGGAAAUGGCCGCUGCGAGGGGAAUGCUCGACCAAGUUCAUCCGAACUUCUCGCGCCAACCCAGCCGACCACAACAGCUAUAUUUUAGGCCAGGUUCAGGGUCACAACAGGCGGUACACCGUCGCGAGCCCAUGAUAUUAGACUGGGCGACGUCGUAGUUAGCCAACCUACUAGAACCGUUAGAGGUAUUAUUCAGUACGACUGAGGAAAAGUUAUAAACUAGGGAGAAUUCUAGCGUACUAGAGCUCUUAAUACACUACCUUAGGUUUUCUUAGUAGCCCUAAGCCGUCUUAAGGCCGAC